AUGCAUCAGAAAGAAUCAGGUAGCGUUUUGUCAAAGGGCGUGCUCGAAACAAUAACAGGUUUGAAAAUUACCGCUGAAGUUCUGAACAAAACUCGAAGGAUUCUCAGAGGUACCGAAGCUGGGGAUUCAAAACCAUUUAUGGUAUAUUUAAGACCAGCGCGGGACUUGGAGAAUACAGUGGUUGAUCGCAACUGGCUGUGCGGUGGUGUUAUAAUACAUGAGAACUACGUAUUGACUUCAGCCGCGUGCAUUGAGAACAUAGGACACUUUUACGUCGUAUCCGGUACACACAGAUGGAUUCCGCCCGGUAUCCAGGACGAUUGCAUUACAAAUGGCGCAAUGAAAGCGGUCUGGAAGUGCGUACCUGCAAACUACGAAUACGACGGUGAUCAGUUCGAGAACAUUCGAUGGAUGAUCAAUGACAUAGCAGUGGUAAAAGUGGAGGACAGGUUUAACUUCCACCGACGUGUAGUCGGCUGUGACUAUGUGCCUAAGAAGAUACAGUUCAACAACAAAAGUAUCGAUUUAGAGGCCCCGGGGACUAUCGGGACUCUCGCUGGAUGGGGGUCACAGAGUAGCUUUGGAGAUCCAAUACAGGCUCUGGAGAGACAAACGAUAAACUCUCCAGUGCUAAUGGAGACGAACACAAUGCUGCUGAGCAAGUCUUAUUGCAAGCGGCGUUGGCCGGAGCAAUACCACUACAUCAUCGAUAAGUCCAUGAUCUGUGCCAAGGACUCCAUUAGUGGAGGGGAACUUGCCGGACUUUGUAACGAUAAAAUAAAAUGCAAAGAACUGAUAGACUCUCAGGAAGAUUAUGGCAUAAGAAGAUCGGAAAAGCAUAUAGGAGAGAGUGAGAUACAUAAUGCAGCACAUUCUGACUCCACUGGACAUAGAAGAGCUAAGAUAUCUACUGGAGGAUUCUGUGAGAACGACCACGGCGGUCCCCUGGUGGUGGGGCACGGCAACAGUGCGACAGUGGUGGGUGUCAUAGCGGCCUGUCUCACAACCAACAUCACCCGCAAGUGUCACGGCCCCUUUCUCUACACCAGCGUAUAUAACAACCGUCUCAUGAUCAUGUGCGCUGUCGAUAAAGAAAUCUCGUAA